AUGAGAAAAGGAAAUAUACAGGAAUACCUAAAGUUUCCUGAUGUCAAUAAGUGUGACAAUGAUGAUGCAUCACCUCUGUAUGUAGCAAGUCAUAAUGGACAUGUUGUUGUUGUUAAAGAACUGUUACAACAUUCAGCUGAUGUCAAUAAGUGUAACAAUGAGGAUGUAUCACCUCUGUAUGCAGCAAGUCAUAAUGGACAUGUUGAUGUUGUUAAAGAACUGUUACAACAUUCAGCUGAUGUUAAUAAAUGUAACAAUAAUGAUGUAUCACCUCUGUAUAUAGCAAGUCAUAAUGGACAUGUGGAUGUUGUCAAAGAACUGUUACAGCAUUCAGCUGAUGUUAAUAAGUGUAACAAUGAAGGUGUAUCACCUCUGCAUUUUGCAAGUUAUAAGGGACAUGUUGAUGUUGUUAAAGAACUGUUACAACAUUCAGCUGAUGUCAAUAAGUGUACCAAUGAGGAUGCAUCACCUCUGUAUGUAGCAAGUCAUAAUGGACAUGUGGAUGUUGUUAAAGAACUGUUACAACAUUCAGCUGAUGUCAAUAAAUGUAACAAUAAGGAUGUAUCACCUCUGUAUAUAGCAAGUCAGAAUGGACAUGUGGAUGUUGUUAAAGAACUGUUACAGCAUUCAGCUGAUGUUAAUAAGUGUAACAAUGAAGGUGUAUCACCUCUGCAUUUUGCAAGUUAUAAGGGACAUGUUGAUGUUGUUAAAGAACUGUUACAACAUUCAGCUGGUGUCAAUAAAUGUGACUUUAAAGGUAAAAUUCCUCUUAAUGUAGCACAGGAGCAAGGACAUAUAGAAAUAGAAUCAUUGUUAAAAGGAAAAGAAAUAAAUCAACAUUGAUGUCAAACUGAUCAAUGCUAGUGGAGGAUAUUUUCUUAUUGUUUGUAUUUGGACAAAUUAAUACAUUAUAAUUCAUUUAUUCAAAACCUCAUAUAGCUGACAUUAGUUUAUAGUUUGAAGUAUCGGCACGAGUCAAUACUUCUAUUAAUAUUUAGCUGUGUUUUUGUAAAUCUUUAUUGUUAGGUUGAUGUCUGUAUUAACAAAUCUCUUCUUAAGCAUAUAUGCAUAUCUUGUUUUUCUGAACAAUUGGUAUGAUUUUACUGAAAAUACUGUUAAAUCAGAUAAGGUAACUAACUCUUGGCUUGUUUUUCAAUUAACAUGAUUAAAACAAAAAUACAGCAAAUUAUUGGGAAGUGAAAGCAUUUAAAGAUAUACCAGCAGUAUGCAAGAUAGUUGUACACCCUCUACAAACAGCGAUGGAUGGAUAUGCCAAAAACAAUUAUAUAGAUAAAUCACAAAGGUUAUAUUGGAAAAAAAUGAAGGAAGAAAAACAUUGUAUAUAUGUGAAUGUCCUCAUUAUAGUCUGUUGAAAAAAUAGUUCUAUAUAAAUAUCAUUUGUAAAAUUGUCAAAAUGUUAAACUCAAAUGCCAAUUUCAAUUUGUCUUUUUAUUCAAGAAAACCUAGAGGUAUUAAAAAUUAUUGGAAUGUACAUGAUAAAAUUGAGAAAAGAAAUGGGGAAUGUGUCAAAGCGACAACAACCCGACCGAUGAUGUAUAUAUUAAUGAAUGUCUUGAAAUCAGAAAACUCUCUAUUUAGUACAGAUAUGUUUUAUAUGUAACCCAUUAAGAAUAUUUGCCUGUUAAUAUUAUAUAUUCAUGAUAUUAUCUGUUUUAUUACUGCAUGUUUGCACACAUGCUUAUGGCUCUGGAUUGGCUGUGACUUAAGAUCUUAACAUUUAGUUGAUUAUAUUCAUAUUUGUAAUUGAUUGUCAACAAUAUGUUUGUCAAUUAUGAAAAAAUAUCUAUUAAACUAC